AUGGCGCUUCUCCCGACCUUCCGGAAGGCGCCCCAACAACGGCAGCUAGCCGGCCGGACGCAUUCCACCGUGGUUUGGCACCGCCUCUUCCGCUCGUUUCUCUAUCUCGUCGCCUGGAUCUUCCUGCUGCUCGUCUGUAUCGGCAACCUCUCCAACAAGCCCGUCCUGCGCGAAACCUAUUUCCUCAAACUCGACCUCUCCAACAUCAUCCCCCUUUCCGUGCCCAAUGCUGUCCUCAUCAACAGUAUUGCCCGGUCCAUUGGCCUCCAUGAUUUCUACCAGGUGGGAUUGUGGAACUUCUGCGAGGGCUACGAUGACACCGGCAUUACCGACUGCUCCAAGCCCAAGAGCCUCUACGCCUUCAAUCCGGUGAAGAUCUUGCUCAGUGAGCUGCUAGCCGGUGCCACCAUCGCCUUGCCUGCGGAUAUCACCUCGGCGCUCAAGAUUGCCUCCACGGCCUCACACUGGAUGUUUGGCCUUUUCAUCACUGGAACCGUCCUCUCGUUUGUCGGCAUUUUCAUUGCGCCCUUGGCCGUCUCAUCCCGUCCACCGCAGUCGUUAUCUGCGGAUCCUCACAAGAACGAUGAGGCCCAUAUUCACCACCGGCCCAGCUUCAUCUUCCUCCGCGCCCUGCCCAUGCUGAUCUUCACCUUCCUCACUGCGCUGUUCACCAUCGUCGCGUCGGUCAUCUCGACCGUCAUGUGGAGCAUCUUCAAGAACGUCUUCAUGAACAACGCGGUCAACCUCAACAUCAAGGCCAACCUGGGCACGCGCAUGUUGGCAUUCAUGUGGAUUGCGUCCGCAUUGACCUUGAUCGGCUUCAUCGCGCAACUCUGCUCCUGCUGCUGCGCCUGCUGCGGUGGCCGCAAGGUGCGACGCCAGCUGAAGACCGGUACCAUCAACGGCACCAGUAUCGAACCGACCGAGAAAGAACGCAGGUCUCCCGCCUCGUCGGAUACCGGCCCGAAGAAGCGCUUCGGACGCCGCAGGAAGAUGGAUGUAUAA